AUGGCAACUGCAACUGUCACUGCAACUGCAGCUGCACAUGCAAUUGUAACUAUAAAAGCAAAUAAUGUUUUUUUUAUAUCAAAUGCAUCUGCAACUGCAACUGCUUAUGAACAUAAAACUGAAACAACACUAGCUAAUGCAACUGCUUAUAUACACAAAAAUGCAACGACAACAGCAACUGUAACUGCAACUCAAUCUGCAAAGGCCACUUCAACUGCAAAUAACAAUGCACAAGAAACUGCAACUUUGACUGGAACUGCAAAUGCACAAAAAACUCUUACUGCAACUGACUUUACCUGUAAAAGAAACUGCAGAUUCAACAUCAGCUGCAACUGCAACUGCACAUUUAACUACAAAUGCGCUAGCCUCAUUUUUAUUAAAUAUAUUUUACCAUUUUCAACUGCAAAUGCCACUGUUACUAUAACUGCAACUGCAACUACACAAAAAACAGCAACUGCAUCUGCAACUAAAACAACAACUGCAACUGCGACAGCAAAUGUAACUGCAACAAAAUCUGUAAAUGCUAUCGCAAAUGCCGCUUCGACAGAAAAUGUAACUCCACAUGAAACUACAAGAGCCACUGCGACUUUAACUACAACUGGAACCGAAACUGCAAAUAGCACUGCUCAUGCGACUGUAACUGCAACUGCAAGUACUACUACACAAAAAACUGUAUCUGUGACUGCAACUGCAGCUGAACAUAAAAUUGCCACUGCAACUACAACUGCAACUGCAACUUUUACUGAAAAUGAAACUGCAACGGCAACUGUCACUGCAACUACAACGCCUGCAACUACAAAUGCAAAUAAAACUGCAAAUGCAAAUUUAACUUUAUCUUCACAUUUACCUGCAACCGUAACUUUAGCAGCGACAGAGCAUAAAACUGCAACUGCAACUAAAACUGCGACAGUUACUGAAACUAGAAAUGCAACUGCGACACUAACUGCAACUAAAAUUGCAACCGAUACUGUAACUGCAACUGCAAAAGCAACUGAAACAGCAAAUGCGACUACACAUGCCACUGCAACUGUACCUGUACCUGCAAAUAAACUUGCAACUGUAAAUUCCACUGCUAAUGCAACCGCAACAGUAUAUACAAAUUCAAUUGGACAUGCAACUGCUACUGUUACUGCUACUGCAACUACAAUUGCAACUGUACAGGCAACUGCAAUUGCAAAUACUACUACACCAGCACCCGCAACUGGGACUGUAUCUGAAACUGCACAAGAAACCGAUACUGUAACUGUAACUGCAGCUGGAACAGGACAUGCAACUGCAAUUGCAGCAGAAACUAAAACUGCAACUAAAACAGCAAAUGCGACUGAACAUACAACUUCUACUGUAACUGAAACAGCUAUCGCAAAUGCGACUAAGGCUGCAAAUAAAACUAAACAUGAAACUUUAACUGCAAUUGAAACUGCACAAGCAACUGCCACUGUAACGGCAACUACAACUAUAGCUGCAGAUAUAACUGCAGAUUUAACAGCAACUGCAACUAAAACAACAAAUACAACUGCAACUGCGACUGCGCAGGCAACUGAAACUACAACUAAAACUGCAACUGCAACUAAAAAUGCCACUGCAACUGCGAAUUCACAUACAACUACAACUGCUAUUGUACAUUCAAUUACAAAUGCGCAUGCCUUAUUUAUAUUAUUUAUUUUUUAA